AUGUACAGGCGGGCCAUCUACCCUCCUCCGGGCCACUUCAUCUUGGCAGAUGGUGGGUACCCGUGUCUCCAACACCCACUCCCCCUCAUCACUCCUUUCAAGCGGCCGGUACAAGGUGUGGGAGCCCAGCGCUUUAACAGCCAUCAUUCCAGGGCACGCUCCAUCAUAGAGCGUGCCUUUGGGAUGAUGAAGACGAGGUUCAGGGCCAUCUUCCUCCAAGCGCUGGAGGUGCACCACACCUUUGUGCCUCAGGUCAUAACGGCAUGUGCUGUCCUGCACAACAUCUGCCUGGGAGCCGGUGACAUCAUGGCCCCAGAGGAUGAAGAGCAGGACGACAUGCCAGAGGAUGAGGAGGGGAGAAGGUGUUGGAGGCAGUCAGUGGUGCUCACUGGUGGGACCAGCUGUCUGCCGAGGUGUCUGCCCUGGAGGAGGGUCUACCCGGCCACCAUUACAGCUGUUCUCAUUUCAGGGUUAUUAAAACAGUUUUAGUAAGAUCAUUAUUUUCUGCG